GACACUCCUCAUCCCUCUGCUCUCUGUGGUAGCACAUUGUUCAACGCGGGCUCAUUUUACCCACAACCAAUGAAUGCAUUGGUGCAUUUUAGCUACUGAAAAUUAAACAAUUUAUCGGGUAGAAUAAGGUGCAGAUUUCCGAAGACGAGGGGAAACGGACCAAUACCAUUUUAUUUUCUUCUCAUUUCAUUGGAGAGGCCACAGAGUUGGAAGAUUUUUUUCUUCUCCGGUAGACGAAACGUCGCUCUUGUCGCUAAUUAGACCUCUGCUUGUUCUGCGGUGUGUGUGUGUGUGUGUGUGUGUGUGUGUGUGUGUGUGUGUGUGUGUGUGUGUGUGUGUGGUGAGCUGCAGCGACAAAGAUGACGGAGUAUAAGCUGGUGGUGGUGGGAGCUGGAGGCGUGGGCAAGAGUGCACUUACCAUCCAACUCAUCCAGAACCACUUUGUGGAUGAAUACGAUCCCACCAUAGAGGACUCGUACAGGAAGCAGGUUGUGAUUGACGGGGAGACAUGCCUGUUGGACAUCCUGGACACUGCCGGUCAGGAGGAGUACAGCGCCAUGAGGGAUCAGUACAUGAGGACAGGGGAGGGCUUUCUCUGCGUCUUCGCCAUCAACAACACCAAGUCUUUUGAGGACAUUCACCAGUACAGAGAACAGAUCAAACGUGUGAAGGACUCGGAUGAUGUUCCCAUGGUGCUUGUGGGAAACAAAUGUGACCUCCCGGCACGCACGGUGGACACGAGGCAAGCCCAGGAACUCGCCCGCUCUUACGGCAUCCCAUACAUAGAGACCUCUGCUAAAACACGACAGGGAGUGGAGGACGCCUUCUACACGCUGGUUAGGGAGAUCAGACAGCAUAAACUGAGGAAGCUGAACCCACCGGAUGAGAGCGGGCAGGACUGUAUGAGCUGUCGCUGUGUGGUAUCGUGAUGCAGCUGAGCGUUGCACGUUGAGAAAUGCUACAGCGCGUAGUGGCAGCAUGGACACAAAGAUAGAAAGAUAAAAACAACUCAAUGAUGAAAUAUAAACUUUUUUCAAAAAGAGGAUGAUUGAAGCAAAAGCGCUCAAGGAAACCACCAGAGCUGACUGAACCGUAGAACCUUCAUGGAAAAGGAGGAUUUGGACUGUUGCCCAAGCGGCUACCUGAACUAGCACGGUUCCGGCCCCUUUCCUUGGUCCGCACGUGGACUUGUGAGCAACACCACUAAUGACUCUUUGUCCACUCCAGUGGGGUCCUGCUGGGUAGCUCAACACGUUUCCUGCUAACUUAUUGUUUUCAGUCUCAACACUGGUCUUAAUGGGGGCUCUUUCCAACCUCCUCCCACCUUGAAAGCCUAAUUCCACUCCCCCCCCCCCCCCCCCCCCCCCCCUCCAAUGCCUGCCCACUGGAAGGACUGACUGACUAACAUGGAAAGGACUGGAAUGGACGUUUAGUUGCCCCAACACCUCUCACAUGAAAACCCGCCCUGUCCCAUUCUACCUGCCUUUUUGAUUUCCUCCUCCGAAUGGCUGUGCAGUCUCUUCUAUACUGGAUCCAGGGGGCGGGGGCAGACAUGGGAAUGACUUUAAUUUUGUUGUUGUUUUAACAGUUAGCCUAGCUUUUUGAUAUGGAACAUUUUGUUUGUGAUUUACAGAAUUGGAAAGUCACAGAGCAAUAUGUGAGUGAGGGAGUUUAUUCCAGAUCUGGUUUGACUUUUUUUUUCAUGGCCUGCCUGAAAUUACUUUUGAGAUGCAAAUUGGAAAAUGUAAAGAUGGAUUCAUUUCCAGAAUGCUACCCCCUUCUCUCUUUGCAGAUGUUUCCUUUGCUACAGUAGCAGUCUUGAUGAAAUAAUAGUAAUGGCUUUUGGCUAGUGCACGUAGGUUCUGGUACAAUAGGAUUCUUUCCUGUCCAAUUUACACAAAGUAUUGGGAAUAAACCACCUCUCUUUGCUUCUGGUUAAACUUUGGUUUAGAAGGGCAGAGGGUUACUGUGCAUGAAAAUCUAGUUCUUAGCACCUCUCCUGUCUCCUGGUUUCCUGUAGAAAUAAGAGGGAACCCUGCACUGUACGGUUAAACAAUUAGGUUAUGGUUUUAGUCUUCUUAGACUUCUUGCAUUUCAAUAUAGUUACUGUAUGCUGUACAACUCUUGUUACUACAUGGUGAUAAUGACUAGUUUUAGAUUGCAACAAUCCCUCCUUGUGGAUAGUAAGGCUCAGGAAUCAUGGUCCAGGAAAGCCUCGAGUAACUUCUGGAAAACCAGUGUUAUGGAUGCUUUGCAGAGUGUAAUGCACAAGUCCUGCCUCAGAGUCAAACUUCAGUUUUUUCCACACACCAUACUAUCCUCAAACUGCUCAUCUUUCUCUGCAACCUCAGCUCUAUAAUGGAACAAUAACAGGUCAGGUGCUAAUCAUGUCAGAAUCAUAUUUACUGUAUAUGUGGGACUAUUGUGUGUAACAGGUGAUGGAUAUUUGGUUUAGGGAGUGCAUCGCUUUGUUUCUUAAUACUGACCCAGCUUGUGCUCUCCACAACUGCAUUAAUUUGUUGCCUAAAUGAAAAAAAAGACUGCUCUGUGUUUACUUUGCCUUAUCUGUUAGCUAGUUCGUACCUCAUGUAUGCAGCGAGCUCUACCUGAGAUGAUUCUGUGUUCUGUGAGCUGCAUUGUUUUUGUUUGUUUGAUUAUGUGUGCAACUGAAAAAUAUAUAAGUGAGUCAAGACAAGCGCUGUAUGGAAUUUGAAAGGCAAGUCCCUGGAAACACUACACUGUUUUUUAAUUUGUUUUUAAAGCGGGCUUUCUGUAAUGAUGUGUAUCUAAAUGUGAUUCUGUUUUAAAAGACUUAAAACCAACCGUUAAAGAGCCCACUAUAACCCAAGUUGUCUUACACUCAUGACAUUUCAUUCUAAAUACAACGGAACAUGUGAGGUUCAUUACUAGGAAAUUGUUACUUUAAAAGCAGAUUUAAAAAAAAGUUAAAUUCAGAGAAUUGGGAUGAUGAUGAUGAUGAUAUAAAGAGAUCCAAACACUACAGGCAGGUUUGUGCAACAGGUUUCAGAUGCAAACCUCAAAUCACAUUUUAACAUUUAUCGUGCAAAAAUCUAAAUGCUUAUCUCCUACGCAGUUAAUUUUGUAAAUUUUAAAGUGACUCUUUCCAUCAUAUCACGGCUUAAAGAAAUACGAUCAGUCUAGUUUCUCUGUGGAUGGUAGUGGUCGAGUUGUUUUUAUCAGUUAAGUGUUCAUUUCUCUGCUUUAGAGAACAGACAUGAACUGUGAAUGUGUUUAGACAUUGUUUAAAAGGAGCCUCAUGUUUAAAAUGUACCAUAACAAAAUAAUGCAGGAGUUGUUCCUCUGUCCCACUUUUCGCUGUGUUGUUCUAACUUUUAUUUUUCACCCAUUGUACUCAAACCUUUUGAUGGAAAAAAAGAGUGUGGCGUUUGUAACCUGUAACAACAGUCCUGGUAGUAUGCUUGUCCUCUCCCUGUCAAUCUUGAAACAGUACAUCCAUGAUAGUACAUAGAAUUCCACUUAUCUAUGUAUUCAAAUUCCUGUUUCAUUAGAAUAUUGGUGUCAUUUUGCUACAGGAAAACUACAGCCAGCAAACCACAAGUAUACAUGUCAGAAAACCUGGCGAGCAUGACAAAGACUGUACGGACCAUUGGGAGUUUUGCACAAGGAUACAGUGGGAUCAAGGGCUUGUUUCUCCCUUGCAAACUGUGGAUGGAGGUGUGGAAAGAAUUUGUGAAAAUGUCAAAUGUUUAGCUAUUUAAGAUGUAUUUACUCUUUGAAUUUGUGGCAAAUGUAUUGCAGGACAGGAAUAAAGAUGUCAAGAUGAA